CAAACCGUUUUUGUUUGAAAAAAAUGUGUAAAUGAAUAAAAGGCAUAUAUCUUGCAACACUAUUUUAGUCAAUCUGGUCUGAUCUUGUCAAACAAAUUCUGUUAUUUAUUGGCGGUUAUCGAGAACGACAAACGCUUCUUGAGACAUAUGUUGCAUUUAAAAUUAAAGUGUAAGAGUGGCUCUUUCAGUGUUAAUUUUUACUAAACGUGUUUAAAUUUAUUAUGUUAUACGAAGAUAUGUUGCACAUUUUGAAAGAAAUUUUGCACAAAUUGGGGGUUUUAUCUAUCGUUACCCUCCUUUUAAGUUGUUUAAUGUUUUGGAGCAGCGGAUUCCUUGCCGCACUCGGUGUCUUCUUAACUGGCCUCUCGGUGAUUCUGUAUAUUGGACAAGAUCUUUUCCUGUACUACCCCAGAAUGCCUCCGGACUCCAGGCAAUUUGUUUUACAACCUAGUAAUUUCCAAUUGCCUUAUGAAAGCUUAAAAAUAAAAAAUAAAGCCGGUGUUAAAAUUCACAUGUUUCUGAUUAAACAAGAAACAAACUGCAAUCAUAUUCCGACGAUGGUAUUUUUUCAUGGAAAUGCCGGCAAUAUGGGUCAACGGUUACCAAAUGCUUCCGAAUUGUAUCACAAAUUGAAUAUCAACAUAUUGUUAGUAGAAUAUAGAGGUUAUGGUCUGUCUGAAGGAUCCCCAUCUGAAAAAGGUCUCUACGAGGAUGCACAGGCUGCUUUUGAUUACAUAAUAGAAAGAUCUGAUAUAGACAAGAAAAAGAUCAUAGUGUUUGGCAGAUCAUUGGGUGGCGCUGUAGCUAUAGAUCUAGCCUCCAGAUUCAAGUACAGAAACAAGAUUUGGGCUCUUAUUGUAGAGAAUACUUUUACAAGCAUUCCGGAUAUGGCCAAGCUGCUUAUGCCAUGGAGAAUUUUAAAUUGGCUGCCCUAUUUAUUUCACAAAAAUAAGUAUAUGUCUUUGAGGAAAAUGGGCCAUGUUGUGGCACCGACGUUAGUAAUUUGUGGUACCCAGGACGACUUAGUUCCACCAACAAUGUCUACUGAUUUGUACACAAGGUGCGGAGCUGUUUGUAAGAAGAUAGUUUUAAUUACCGGAGGUGGUCACAACGAUACCUGGGUUUGCAGAGAUUAUUACAGCACAUUACAACAAUUUCUAAUAACCGUUCCAGCCCUACCGGACCAAGUAAGUCCUUACAUAGAUGAAAAUAAUGAAGUUCCCUCCCAAAGUGAGCCUACAAUACAAAUAGUAUAAAUUUAUAUACUUGUACAGUAAUGCAGAUGUUAUCAAAUAGUUUUCAAAUUGUAUAUAAACCUUUAUGAAAAUUUAGUACAAAAACGUGAUAUUUUAGCUAAACCUAUACAUGUUUAUAUCAGAGUUUUAUUCAUAUUUUUUGAGUACAAUAAAAUUGCUCUGUUUUAUAAUGUAAAUAACUUUUGAAUUCCAUUAGUGUCUAAUUUUAUUCUGUAUGUACGAGUUAAGGUUAUGUUAUAAUUCUUACUUUGUUUGGGCCCUGUAUAAUGCUUCAAGAUCACACACCAAGCAUCAUGCUUGCGCAGCAGAAGCGAUGGAAUCGAACAUCCAUCUGUUGGCCUUAACAUAAUUAUAAUAUUCAUCAUCAUCACCCCUACCUUAUCCUACUCCAGUAGGGGCGGCGCACCGGAUUUUCGUCCUUCAAAGCACUCUUAUCAUCCGUCAUCUUAGUCAUCACUCCCUUCUUGAUCAUGUCAUCUUUCACGCAAUUAGAGAUGGGCAGAGGGAAAAAACCCAACAGGAAUAAACCCGGGUUUUUUCCCAUUUUUGAAAAAACCGGGUGUUUAUGCGGGAAAAACCCAAUCGACGGGUAUUUUCAUUAUUCAUCGUAAUUAUCAAAAUCUUGAAAAAAUUACCUUUUUUUUACUUGUAGUACAAGUGCAGUGAAAAAUAGGAACUGUAUAGUAUACAGUAUAGAUAGAAAAAUAAGCAAUAAUAGGUAUAGAGGGUUAUUGCUGAUUGGACGUAUUCCUGUUAGGAGGUAAUAGAGGGGAUCAUUUUUACCCCUAUAUGCAUUAUACAAAAGUUAAUCGUUUUCGAGUAAUCCUUAUUAUUCGAUUUUUCAAAAUAAACGGAAAACGCAACUUCAAAAAUUUAUUUAAAAAAAAACUGUUAAUGAUAACUAAAUGCUUUAAAAACAUGAAAAAUCUUCAUGGAACUUGGUAAAAACAUGCCGGUUUUUUAAGCUCUCCAAAAAUGCAUAAUAACUAGGAACUUGCUCCAAACACACUGAAAUAUACACAUGAUUUCAAAGGAAUCAAGCGGUAUUUGUAGUCGAACGGUUGGUUUUGAAAACGACUAAUAAACCAAAAAUACAUUUUUUUCAAAAAUCGAAAUAUCAAGAUUACUCAAAAAUGGUUAACUUUUGUAUAAUGCAUAUAGGGGUCAAAAUUAUCACAAAUGAUCUCGUCUAUUACCUCUUAUUUUUUAUUUUUUUGCCUGAGCGGAAUGCCUUACGCAUACUCCGUACCUCGGGGCAGGCACGAGAGUUAUUUGGAACUCCCCAUAAUGGGGCAUACCCACUAAACCUCUCUGUUCCCUGCUGGCCUUUGUGUGGGGCGCCACGGGAUCGCUAUGGAUUGCUACCGCGACCGCCCCGAGAAGGGGCCAGUA